AUGGAGAACAAUCUACUUGAAAGCCUCCUCGAUCUUGAGGAAGAGUUUUACCAAGAGGGUUUUAAUCUCGGUGCUGCCGAUGGCGCACAAGCUGAACCCGAUCAGGGCGUUUCGAUGGCACCGGUCGUUUGUAAGGAGAUGGUGAGCUUCCCACCAAGCACCAGGCUGGCGAAAAAUAUCGACACCCUCUUGGAAUUGGUGGACCCGGCGUCUCUGCCCAUGCAGAACACCGAGGACGCCGUCAAUGAUGUGGAUGAGCGCCUGAAGGGGGCCAUCGUCAAGGCCAAGCUCAUCCAGCGUGCGUUAGGGGAACGGGAAGACACCGCCGACAUCCGCCCCGAUGCCAAAGAGACUCCGCGCUCCGGAGACGGCACUGGCAGCAUCGAAGAUAUCAGCUCGUUGAGCAUACGUCACUGA